CGCUCACGUGACGGUGGUGUUUCCUGCUGCGGUUACGAUAAACUAAACAAAUCUGACCUACUGCGUUUAUUAUCAGAUGUAGAUUUGGCACAACGGCAGCUCAAUCAGACCGUUUUCUUUUGCUGCAUAACGACAGUUAUCUGGCUAGAUAGCUUGGAGACGCUUAUUAAUUACACUGACAUCAUCUGUUUUUUUAUCGAGCGUGUUUUGAUUUACUUUGGCAAGAAACAUGAUCUCUAUCAUCCCCAAACAAAACAUGUCAGCCGGAGCAAUUUUUAGCCUGCUGUUAGCUUUAACCAUACAUCAGACUUUGACCACCAAUGUUCCGACCACUGCGGCCACCCCUGAAACCAGCUCUCCUCCAGCCUCUCCUGUCACCCCCGGACCCCCAGAGCGGGGCAACUACAAUGUCACCAAUGCCAAUGAUACUGUCUGUCUCCUGGCACGCAUGGCCCUGCAACUUAACAUAAGCUUCAUCUCAAGCUCUAAGGGCAAGCCUGUCCAGGAGGUCUUGAACUUGCAUCCAAACCUGGUUAAAGUCUCUGGAUCCUGUGAGUCGGACCGUGCAUCUCUGAUUCUCACAGAGGACAACAUUACCCUGACCUUUGGCUUCUCUUUAAACUCCACAUCAAACAAGUAUCAUCUUAGUGGUUUGGAACUGUCAGCUGCAUUGCCUGAUAUGACUAAAGGUCUUGUGAUUAAAAACAACACGCUGAACUACAUGGUGGGAACGCUGGGCCACUCUUACAUGUGUCAGAAGGAAAAGACCUUGAGCGUCACACAAGAUUUCUCCCUCAACACCUUCCAGCUUCAAGUGCAACCUUUCGGUGUCAAGGGAGAUUUUGGAGCAGCUGAGGAGUGUGAGCUGGACGAGGACGAUAUGUUGAUCCCCAUCAUUGUAGGUGCUGCAUUGGCUGUUCUAGUGCUCAUAGUGAUCCUGGCGUACCUGAUCGGCAGAAACAGGAGUCACGCCGGCUACCAGACCAUCUAAACUCCCCUCGUGAUCAUCUUUAAGCCAGGAUCUGGAGAUGCCACUGAUUUCUGCUCUAAUCUGGACUGCAGCCUUCUAGUUUUUAACCUGCCCUUCCCUCUGCUGGUGUCUCCCACUGCCUCCGCUCAGGUGGAUCUGAACUUUCCUGGACUUUCUGUUGUAUUAUGGUAAACAUAGUAUAAUUAAUUCAUACUAAAGGGCAAAAGAGGGGGCUGUAGGUCAAGCUUGUUUUCAGGAACCAGAUUAAUCCUAUCUAUCUGUUGUGCCAUUUAGGCUUAAUCUGGGUCUCUGAAAACAUAUGAAUUGUUUUUGGUACCUCACAUUCUUCAAUUUAUUGUUGUGUAUUUAUUUAUAUAACUAGGAGGAUUUAGGGAAACUGAGGAUGGUUGUUACUCAGUCUAAAAGGGACUACAUAUUUGACACUAUUUCUUUUGGGUUGAUAGUUGGGAUUCUAAAAGACAGGUUUCCUUCUGAGAUUCACCAGAUUGGAGAACAUUUUAUUGUUGUUAACAAAGCCUUGCAUAACAGUUUUGACUCAGAUGUUAACUUUAAGUUUUAAUAAGGAAAAGUUGGCCCUGAGAGAAUUUAUUUUCUAGAAUAGAGUACCUGUUGAUUGGGUUGUUCCCCCCAAAAAGGCAGCAAUUACUCACCAUCAAGUGGCUGCAAACCAUUUUUAGUUUCUUUUGACUGAUGUACAUAAAGAUGUUAAAUAACUUUAGAAACCUUUAGCCAAUCAUAUCCAUAAUAGGGAAAACAUAGAAUGGAAGUCAAUCUAUCGGCUAUCGGUUUCCAACAUUCUUCUUGAUGUCUUUUGUGUUCAUUAACAAAAAGAAACUCAAAAUGGCUGAGUAUAUGAUGACAGUUUUAAGUUUGGGGUGAUUAUCCUUUUAAUAACACUAAAUGUUUUUUUUUGUGUCCCCUCAUACUACAUAUCAAAACUAUAUAACCCGCUUGCUUCCAUUUAGCAUGGUAUUUGCAGACAUUCAGAAGCAUUAAAGGGAAAUUCUGCUAGAUUGCUGAAAUAUAGUUUUGCACUACAGGAUGGACAAAGGGUACGAUUCACACUGACAUAAGCAGAAAGUUCUCAGCAACUUGAGGUAGGUUUAAAUUAUUAUGGACCCAGGUAAAUGGUUAACUGUUACAAACACAAGGAGUGCACUGAGAGAAACACAUUUUAUGUUACGGUAAAUGAAUCCCUUCUUUAUAAUGGGCGUUCAUAUGAAAUGACUGCAUAUGUGGAGUUGUUGUGGAUAUUGAAGUGCUGCCUUGAUUGCUGUGAAGUUCAUAUUGUUUUAAGGGAAUGCGAUUCUAAGUUUCUAAAUAAAAAUAAAAGAUAAAUUCUACGUUCCA